AUGCUGGCCGGCAUCGGCUUGCCGGCAUUUGCAGAAACGGCCUGGGAUGGGCCGACGGCAGGGCCGGCAGCCGCAGAUGGCAAGACGAUCGUCGUUGUCGCGGCUGAUCUCAAGAACGGCGGCAUCCUGGGCGUGACCAACGGGGUCGAGGAAGCUGCGGACAAGAUCGGCUGGGAGGUCCGUGUUCUUGACGGAGCAGGUUCCAUUCAGGGGCGCACGGCAGCCAUUGGCCAGGCCCUGGCCUUGCAGCCGGACGGGAUCGUGAUCAACGGGUUCGACGCCGUUGAGCAGCAGGCAGCCCUGGAAGGCGUUGCCACUGCGAAAAUUCCGAUGGUUGCGUGGCACUCCGGUCCGAAAAUCGGCUGUGAUGCUCCCGGGGGCAUCUACGCCAAUAUUUCAACCGAUGCGAUGACGGUCUCGGAAGUUGCCGCCAACUGGGCGAUCGAGGACGGCGGCAAGGAUAUCGGCGUCAUCAUUUUCACCGACUCGACCUAUCAGAUCGCGAUCGACAAGGCUGACCGGCUGAAAGAGACCGUCGAAGCGGCAGGCGGCAAGGUCCUUGAAUAUGUCGACACUCCGAUUGCCGACACGUCGACGCGCAUGGGGCCACUGACAACCAGUCUUCUGCAGAAAUACGGGGACAGCUGGACACACGCGCUCGCAAUCAACGAUCUCUAUUUCGACUUCAUGGGACCGGCGCUGGCCUCCGCCGGGAUCUCUGCUGCCGACGGCCCGCAGGCCGGGUCGGCCGGCGAUGGUUCGGAAGCCGCAUUUCAGCGGAUCCGUACGGGCGGGUACCAGACGAUCACGGUUGCCGAGCCGCUCAACCUUCAGGGCUGGCAGCUCGUUGACGAAUUGAACCGGGCCGUUCAGGGCGAAGCCUGUUCGGGCUACAUCACGUCACCGGCGCUCGUGACGCAGUCGGGUCUUGAAAAGAUGGGCGACAGCAAUUCUUUCGAUCCCGACACGCCGUAUCGCGAAGCCUAUUCCGCCAUCUGGGGCAAAUAG